AUUGACUCUCUUACCAAUGGGGUACAGUUGGUAUAACUCUGUUUUUUUUUCUCUCGUUUACAGAAAGAUGCACAGUGGAAUGAAGACCUACAGCUGUGAGCUUUGCGGGAAGAGCUUUCUCGACAGUCUCCGUCUACGGAUGCACUUGCUCUCCCAUUCAGCUGGAGAGAAGGCCAUCGUUUGUGACCAGUGUGGCGCCCAGUUCCAGACCGAGGAAUCCCUGGAGGCUCACCGGCAGAUCCACACCGGGUCGGACAUGGCCAUCUUUUGCCUUCUUUGUGGGAAGCGUUUCCAGACCCAGACAGCACUGCAGCAGCACAUGGAAGUGCAUGCCGGCGUUCGCAGCUACAUUUGCAGCGAAUGCAACCGUACUUUCCCCAGCCAUACUGCACUCAAACGCCACCUCCGCUCACACACAGCAGGGGACCACCCAUUCGAGUGUGAAUUCUGCGGUAGCUGCUUCCGAGACGAGAGUACACUGAAGGGCCACAAGCGCAUCCACACUGGGGAGAAGCCCUAUGAAUGUAACGGCUGUGGGAAGAAGUUCAGCCUCAAGCACCAGCUGGAAACCCACUACCGUGUGCACACAGGUGAGAAGCCAUUCGAGUGCAAGCUGUGCCACCAGCGAUCCAGGGACUACUCGGCCAUGAUCAAGCACCUGCGCACCCACAAUGGCGCCUCGCCCUACCAAUGCACCAUCUGCCUGGAGUACUGCCCCAGCCUGUCAGCCAUGCAGAAGCACAUGAAAGGUCACAAGCCUGAAGAUAUCCCUCCAGACUGGCGCAUAGAGAAGACAUACCUGUACCUCUGCUACGUCUGAGACGGGAACGGGGUGAAGUGAAUGCGGAGGGAGAGAGUGGAUGGGGGCAGAGAGGUAAGAGGAAUGUAACGGCGCGGGCAGGAGGUCUUGAAGAUUGAGGAAUGUCAACAAGAAGAUGCUUGAAGAAAAAAAAAGAGCGUUUGUUUAGUCUUUUUGUUUGGUUUUGUUUUUACAUGCAAAGGCGGCGACGAGGAGCUGGGUGUAGGGGUGGGGGCGGUGGGGCUAAAAGACUUGGACAUGGAGAGAGUUCUCCAGCAUUGUUCGGAUUCACCGGGUCGUUCACUACAUCUGCAACUGUGCUAUUGUUUCAGGUCAUUUCCUGCAGCACCACAAAGCAAGUAGGCUGCAAAGAAGUGACUGUUUGGAUGCUGCUGCCACUUUGGUGAGAAGGCAGAUUCUCAAGGGCUAUUUGACCCUCCUCUCUUUUUUUUUUUUUUUUUUUUUUUACAUUGCUUUUUUGGUGCCAUGCUUUCCAAAUGUUGCAUUUGCUAUUUUCCAAGUUAUGUCUGGAUUUGAGUAUUUUAAUGAACAUUUUGUUUUAAGUUCUUGAACUGUUUCCUUUUCCAAUGCCCAAAAACCUGCAAGUUUAUGAGUCCAUUCUUGAAUUUCCACCAGAAGCAGCGGUGGCUCUGAGAUAGCCCCUGAGAAUCAGUGUGGGCCCCUGCAGGCUUAUGCAGUAGACGGGACAGUUGAACUGGACUAGUGGGAGUAUUAAGAUGCUGCAAACCAAGCAGGGAAGACACCAGCGCUGCUUCUCCCUGGAGGUCUCCCCGACUUCUUCAGCGGUCUUCCUGGGUCGGAGACGCUCCAGUCACCACUGGCCGCUCAAGGCCGACAACCGUCACUUUUAUGUCAUAUGUUAUUAUAAUUUUUUUUUUAGCUCUGCAUCAUAGUUUAUCAUGGCUUGAUUGCACAGGUAAAGCAAACUACGACAACAGUCUCUGUUUGAUGUCAGCAAGGUGUAUAAACCCUUCCACAAAAUAUAACUCGCUAUCAUAAUAUCGCACAAGAAAACCCAGCUAUAUUCAGCAAUAGGUGUCUGGACUGCUUCUACCCAUUUAUCCCCAUGACUAUCAGUGUCUCACACUAACGAUACCCAACACAAACUGACUCAUAGCAGAAAAGCUUCAGCUGCCGUGACUCUGUCAGCUCACCACAGCGGAGGAAAACGAAUCAUCAGGGGGAGAAGGGUUGUCGUCUGCGUGAAUCCUGUGACUCGGACGGUUUGCGGUGAACAUGCUGAGGAUGCCUUAGCUGCACAAUCCCAACGUUCGUCGGUUUUAAGGACUAAACGGCAAGAGCCCUGAAUGUGAACGUCUGGAAAUGGGGAGCGUAUGAUGAGGCUGUAUGAAAGUACAGAUUGAUGCUUCGACGUCAGAAAACGGAAAGUUCCCACCUCUUUUUAGACGUUGCUUUAUUACUUUCCCUGCCUGGAAAAGCGAAGCAUCCUUAUCGUUUGAAAUGUGCACUCUACUCAGCCCUUCUGAGGUAAACGACGCUGGAGAAGUGAAGGUGGGCAUCUCCAACUUUCUGGCGUUUAAACCUGUUCCACACAAGUGAUUGUCAUGACAUCUUUUGGGGAUUUACAUAUCCAGAAGGCAGGUGGUCACCGGUCGGAUGAGGCGCAGCCAGGCAGAGGAAAUGAGCUCUUUCUGCGGUUCCGUCUGUGCGCUUCGUCCCUCUCGUCUCUUAUUGUGGUUCUUUUUAUUGACUUUGAGUUUGAGCUCAACACAUCGUACUUGAAUUACCUCUCUCUCUCUCUCUCUCUCUCUCUCUCUCUCUUUUGCUCUCUCUCUCUCUCUCUGUUUUUUGUUGGGUUUUUUGUGUGUGUGACCUCAUGUUCCUUGUGUAUUUUAUAAUUUCCCUUUUGUUUCAUGUGUACGUUUGGGCCGGUGCGUGUCGGAGGAUGCAUCGCAACAACAAAAAAUGUGAUGAGGCGGAGCACGUUUGCAGAGAAAUUAAGUGCCACAGAGAAGAGAUUCAGUUUUCUUUUUUCAUUAUGUUUUCUGUGUUACCAAACGUGGUAUUAAGUCUGUUUGUUAAGGAGCUGGAUGGUUCGCUCAUUCGUUCUAAAAGCUACCUCUGAGUUGUUUUCAUGUUUGUUUGUUUUUUUGGG